CAAAAUACAGUCUCAUAGGUACAACUCUAUUCUCUCUCUAUAUAUUUCCACUUGAGAGAGAAGACAGGAGCGAAAAAUUAGCCAAAAUCUAGUGAGAGACUGAGAGAGAGAGGAAGUCAUAAAUGGAGGGAGCUGAAAGCAAUAAUAAUGGCGAAGAAGAAAUUCAAGGUUCGAGUUUGACGAUGGAGAAAGUUGCUGCUGCUAAACAGUACAUCGAGAAUCACUACAAAAAUCAGAUGAAAAGCAUACAAGAAAGAAAAGAACGGCGAUGGAUACUAGAAAGGAAGCUAGCAUCUUCGGAUGUGCCCAAAGAGGAACAGAUAAAUCUGAUUAAAGAUUUAGAAAGAAAGGAGACAGAGUUUAUGCGGUUAAGAAGGAACAAGCUAUGCGUGGAUGAUUUUGAACUGCUAACCAUCAUAGGUCGUGGAGCCUUUGGUGAGGUUCGGUUAUGCCGAGAGAAAAAAUCUGGCAAUAUUUAUGCCAUGAAGAAGCUGAAGAAAUCCGAAAUGCUCUCAAGAGGACAGGUGGAACAUGUGAGAGCAGAGAGGAACCUAUUGGCAGAGGUGGACAGUCAUUUCAUAGUUAAAUUAUAUUACUCUUUUCAAGAUGCUGAGUAUCUAUAUCUCGUCAUGGAAUACCUUCCUGGUGGUGACAUGAUGACUUUGCUGAUGAGAGAAGACACACUUUCUGAAAGUAUGGCUAAAUUUUACAUUGCACAAAGCGUGUUGGCCAUUGAGUCCAUUCACAAGCAUAAUUAUAUUCACAGGGAUAUCAAACCGGAUAACCUUCUUCUUGACAAAGAUGGACACAUGAAACUCUCUGACUUUGGUCUGUGCAAGCCACUUGAUUGUAGAACAUUAUCUACAGUAAAUGAAAAUGAGGCCAUGGAUGAUGAAAAUAUAAGAGAACCAAUGGAUAUUGACGGACGCUUUCCCGAUGCUGCUAAUGGUAGUAAUUGGAAAAGCCCACGCGAACAACUUCAGCACUGGCAAAUGAAUAGGAGAAAGCUGACCAUGCUCCGGUGUUUUCUUGCUUUAUUUAUCGGAAGCUCUUGUAAACCUCUUCGCAUUAUAUCUGAACUGGCAUUUUCAACUGUGGGUACACCAGACUAUAUUGCUCCGGAAGUUUUGUUGAAGAAGGGAUAUGGUGUGGAGUGUGACUGGUGGUCUCUGGGAGCAAUUAUGUAUGAAAUGCUUGUUGGCUACCCCCCUUUCUAUUCUGAUGAUCCCAUGACCACUUGCAGGAAGAUAGUUCAUUGGAGAAAUCAUCUCAAAUUUCCUGAAGAUGCCAAACUGAGUCUUGAGGCAAAAGACCUCAUCUGCCGUUUGCUCUGUGAUGUCGAACAUAGGCUUGGUACUGGAGGAGCUGCCCAGAUAAAGGCUCACCCUUGGUUUAUGGGUAUUGAAUGGGAUAAACUACUAAUUGAAGAAAAUUUCUUAUUGGCUCCAACAGCUAGGUCCUCCAAUACCAGCAACAUCGGGAUCAGGACCUUCGCGAAAGAUCAUAGGAGGAGCACAUCACCAAGCCGCCCAUCCAUUAAUUCCAUAUUUGGUGAGUCGGUGGGAGGUCAUACGAGGAAAGCAACACCGGAUGGAACAGAUGUACAAAUGAUGACGACAUCCGAUGAUGUCAUGUCUCCAUAGAUUGAGCAAAAAAGCACGAAGGGUUCGGCAAUUGGGAAAUCUAGCCUCGGUUGAUUGUACAGUAUGAUUGAUAGCAGGGCCCAAGAUGUGUUGAACAACUUUAUAUUAGUAUAAACGUCGUCUUAAGUGUGUGUAGUUUGCAGUUAGAGUAAAUACUGCAUGAUUGAACCUGGCUGCCCAGGUUGGCAAGGGAACUUGCUUUCUCUUGUGGCUGUGUUCUUUGUGGUCAGAUAUUUUAUGGAUGGCUACUUUAUGCAGAAACUCUUCUCAUCGGAUGAAAACAACUUGGGGA